UGGAAACUCUAAGUAAGGCACUGCGAAGUAGAUCAUCCUUCUUGGGAAGGCGACACUUCUCUCCAGGCUCCAUAUGCUGAAGUUAUAUUUACUCAUCAGCUUGAUAUGCUUGGUGAGAUCAGACACAGAUGAAAUAUGCCCUUCAUUCACCAAACUGAGCUUCCACAGUGCGGUCGUUGGGACUGGACUAAGUGUAAAGUUGAUGCUCUACACGGAGAGAAACCAGACCUGCGCACAAAUCGUCAACUUUACAGCUUUGGGGAACUUGAACGUCACCAAGAAAACCACCUUCGUUAUCCAUGGGUUCAGGCCAACAGGCUCCCCUCCAGUUUGGAUGGGGGACUUAGUAGAGAGUUUGCUCCUUGUGGAAGACAUGAACGUGGUGGUUGUUGAUUGGAAUCGAGGAGCUACAACUGUCAUAUAUACCCAAGCCUCUAGUAAGACCAGAAAAGUAGCCGUCAUCCUGAAGGAAUUUAUCGACCAGAUAUUGGCCAACGGAGGUUCUCUUGACAACAUUUAUAUGAUUGGAGUAAGUCUAGGAGCCCAUAUAUCUGGCUUUGUUGGAGAAAUGUAUGAUGGGCAGCUGGGGAGAAUUACAGGACUCGACCCUGCAGGGCCUUUAUUCAACGGGAGACCUCCCCAGGAUAGAUUAGAUCCCAGCGAUGCACAGUUCGUUGAUGUCAUCCACUCCGACAUUGAUGCGCUGGGCUACAAAGAACCAUUAGGAAACAUAGACUUCUACCCAAACGGAGGAUUAGACCAACCUGGCUGCCCCAAGACAAUAUUCGGAGGAAUGGAGUAUUUCAAAUGUGACCACCAGAGGUCCGUGUACCUGUACCUUGCUUCCCUGAGAGAGAACUGUGCCAUUGCUGCCUAUCCCUGUGACAGCUACCGGGAUUAUAGGAAUGGCAAGUGCGUCAGCUGUGGCAUACCACAAAAGGUGUCCUGUCCCCUUCUGGGAUACUAUGCUGAUAGCUGGAAAGACUAUUUAAAGGAGAAAGAUCCUCCGAUGACUAAGGCAUUCUUUGACACAGAUGACAAGAAGCCAUUCUGCAUAUAUCAUUAUUUUGUGGACAUUGUAUCUUGGAACAAGAACAUAAGAAGAGGAUCUAUUAUAAUCAAACUGAAAGACAAAGAUGGAAACAUCACAGAAUCCAAAAUCAAUCAUGAACCUGCCACAUUUCAGAAAUAUCAUCAAGUGAGUCUGCUUGCAAGAUUUAAUCAAGAUCUGGAUAAAGUGGCAGCAAUUUCCUUGGAGUUCUCCACAGGCUCUGUAGUAGGCCCGAAGUACAAGCUCAGGAUUCUCCGAAUGAAGUUGAGGUCCCUUGCCCAUCCAGAGAGGCCCCAGUUGUGUCGGUAUGACCUUGUCCUGAUGGAAAAUGUUGAGACGUUCUUCCAACCUAUUGUGUGCCCAAAGCUGCAGAUGUAACAGCUGUGGUGACACAUGGACAGAAGCAACAUUAAGAAAGCUACAUCUAUGGGCUCUU